AUGAGGUCUCUGCACCUGAUUCUGGGCCUUAUCAGCCUGCUAAGCAUGAUGGUGCUGGCUUCCUCAAACGUUCUCGACAAUACUAUCCGCAACGCUUCUGUCGCUCUCGGCCCUGCCAACACACAACAGUUUCCCAAGCCCGUCGCCCGGAUUGAUUAUCCGCCUGGACCGGAGCCAAACUACCUGGAUUACAACUUUCGAAACCCCAAUUUUUGCAUUCCACUCUUUGUUCUCUGUCCUCGUGAUGGCAACGUUCUACAAGAUCGAGCGGCGGGCUGGCCUGGCGGAAGACAGGACCCAGAUUUUGGAGGCCACGCCGAAGAAUACAUGUUCUCUACUCAAGAAAUCUGGACUGCUUUUAGAGACGGAUGGCGACACCUUAUGAACGCCGCCAACGCAGGAGGAUACACUCAAGAUAAUAUGCCUGCUUUUAGGGACGCCAACCAAGAUUUCGUCAAUUAUGCACAAGCUCAUUGGCCAAUGUGGCAGCCUGGAGCACGAUUCCCUCAGCAGAUUCCACCCGAUGUUUGGAAUGACAACUUCGACCCGGCAGGAUGGCGAGUUGAGCCUGACUGGGAUAACAUUCGCAUCUUCACUUACCCUCUUACCUUUCACGGUCGUUUCGAUGGCGGUGAUUCUGCCCCCCAGGGCCAGAACAUGCGAGUGGUUGCACCAGGCGAGUAUCGGGUGGUUUUCACCAACACUGGCCUCUACCUUGGCGUUGUGAGGCUGCGACCCGGCGUCCCAAACACGGGUCAGGUCCUCGACCGCAACACACCUCGCGCAGCUCUUCGAUUCAGCUGGAUGGCCCCCGUCAAUGCGGAUCAAACACCCGAUGCAUCACAAGGUGAGGACGGCCGAUGGAACUACCCCGGCGUUCCUAUCUGGCCUUCUCAGACACCACAGAACUUCCUGCCGCCGUUCAAUGUGAUUCUCGCAUCUGUUGCACUGGUCCAAUUCAACCGAUUUUUAGGAGGUGGAAGCAGACCACCUCCCGCUUCCCAAGAAGUAGCUGAUGCACCUCUCAUACUUCCGCCGCAGCAGCUGGACAACGGCACCUUGUACAUCCCCAGCACGAACGAGGCCUCUCCCGAGAGCGCCGCAGCUAAUGACCAAGGCGUCCACUACCCCGACUGGAAUACCAGCAGUGGUAACGUAACCGGCCCGCUGCCUGGAGUAGAACGCGAUACGGACAACUGCGAGGCUGCUAACGCUAGAGUCAACCGAACCUACCAAGUCUCAUGCGAGUCGAAUUGGAACCAGGGAAGCAGUUUUCUCGACUAUCACAUUGCAGUCACGGGCACCGGCCAGGGCGGGUAUCAUGCAAAGGGGUGGUGCAAGGGGAUCGCCGAUAACAUGAAGCGCUAUUGUGGAGGCAACUACAACCGCUGGGGCGAUUACAACUGUAAUGUUAACAACGCCUCCAUGUGGACCUUCUUCACGGACACGUCAGUCCGAGGAGACUAUCUGAACUACGUUCAAGGCAUCGAGAUGUCGUUCACUUUACAGUGGCCUUGGGCCGAGUCCGACGCCGAUCACGAGUGUAUAGCCAAGGCGAUCCAGAGAGGUAGCUGUGUCACCCGUGGAAUGAUGCCCAUCUACCCAGUGGCCUGCAGGAACAAGAAGUGGUUUGACUUGACGUUGUCUGAGUGGGACUGGAGCAACCUGGGUCAGGCCUAA